UCUAUCGCAAUUGCCAAUCAGCUGUUAUUAGAAUGCAUUAGAUUGAAGGUAACAGUCAGUCAGUUUAGGCUACAGGUAACAAAACAAAAAACUGAAUUGAAAUGACAAGUCAAUCUCGCAAAUAGGCCAUUUAUAACGGUUUGUGGUCUUAACGUCUGGCACAUAAUAACGGCGCAGUUGCCAGAAAAUAGACUAACAUUCAUUUUUGGCAAUUUAAUAAGGGCGAAUUAUCUCUUCUCUUGCGAUAUAUUCAAAUUCCUCUAUUAGUCACAUUAGCUCGCAAUAGUUAUUAUUUUUGAUGGAAACCCGAAUUUUGCUUCUUAUGUCGUUAGAAGUUAAAUCGAGAUUCCUUCUUAAUUCUCUCGAUAACGUUAUGGAACUCUUCUCUAGCAGCGAAAAAAAAUUGGGCUAGUUUUGUGGGCGGGUUUUGAGUAGUCAUUGGGCUAUACAUUUUUCUCGACCUGGAAACCCUGCCCAAUCUCCCUGCCCGUGUCCCGCAACAGUCAGGGGGAACGACAGUCUUUUGAUGUGACAGAAGAAAGCAGCAACUCCUCCCGCAGAAGUACAGGAAAACGGCUUUGUAUGAAGAAGCGCAACUUUACGCACAGGCAGACAGUGGAUUGAACGAAACCCACAGUAGUAGUCUACAACCCACACAGACAGAAGCCAGUGGGGCUCUGAAGAAUAAGAAAAUGAAUCGGAGCUUAAGUAAAUCGCAGUCUUCUUUGCAGUAUUGUGCGACAGUGGAAGUGAAAAGCAAAUAUGGAGCAGAGUUCAGAAGGUUUUCCCUUAACCGCUCCAACCCUGGGGAGUUCCAAGAUUUCUACAAGCUCCUCCUGCGCCUGCACCAUCUAACCAGCAUUGAUGUCAUGAUUGGCUAUGCAGAUAUCCAGGGAGAGCUACUACCCAUCAAUAACGAUGACAACUUCUGCAAGGCCGUGUCCACUGCUCCCACCUUACUGCGGAUCUUCAUACAGAGACAAGAGGAAGUGGACUACAACAACUUCUGCCCCAAUGCCACUGUGACACGCCGGAGGAAGGUGCCAGUGAUCCCUCUCCCACGCGGCAACAUGAACCGCAAAAGGCCAACGGUCCACAUCAGCAGGCCGCAGGACUUCCGUCCCAUCUCGUCCAUUAUUGACACGGACUUCCUGCCCGCAUCUCAGCGCCGGGUACGCCUGUACCGCCAGGGCUCAGAGAAGCCCCUGGGGUUCUAUAUCCGGGAUGGGACCACUGUGAAGGUGACUCCCCACGGCCUGGAGAAGGUCCCUGGGAUCUUCAUCUCACGGCUGGUCCCUGGAGGCCUGGCUGAGAGCACAGGGCUGCUGGCCAUCAACGACCAGGUGCUUGAGGUGAAUGGGAUCGAGGUGAUGGGCAAAGUGUUAGACCAGGUGACAGACAUGAUGAUCGCAAACAGUCACAAUCUUAUCAUCACGGUGAAGCCGGUGAACCAGCGUAAUAACAUAGUGCGUACCGGCAGCUGGAUGUCGGGGAUAAACUCAGGCAGUGUCAGCUCUUUAGACUACCAGAGUUACCACAGCAUGCCCAUCUGUCAGAGUCACCACAGCAUGCCCAUCUGUGUGGGAGCCUACAGCUUCACUGAUGACGAGCUGCAGAGCGACGAGGACUUGGACAUUGUGAUUGAGAGAAGACUCAGAAACUCAUCCCAUCGCUCCAGUGCCUCCACCUCCACAGCCUCCCGUUCCCAGGCUUGGUCCCAGCCCCAGCAGAGUCCUAGGCCUUCUCCCAGACCAUCCUCCCGGCGCCCUCCCCGUCGGCCUUACUCUGUCAUCUCCUCAACCUCCUAUCACUCACAGCCCAGCCUCACUAACCUGAACCUCAGACUGAACAGAGACCUGACCCUGCAGCAGCACUACGGCAGCAGCCCAGUCAUCAGGGAGAUGAACGGAGGUGUGUUUAACCACAGCAGCCUGCUCACCCUGAGGACAGAGCUACGACGUAGCCUGGUGCUACAGAGGGGAGGGGUGGAGGAGGACGGAAUGGUCAUCACCUUAUGAUUCUAUAGUAAUAUUCUAGAACACUGCAAACCACAUGAGGCCGCUGAAGGGAGGACGGCUCAUAAAAAUGGCCAGAAUUAAGUGAAUAAAAUGGUAUUUGAUACCAUUCCACUCGUUCCGCUCCAGCCAUUACCACGAUCCCAUCCUCCCUAACCUUUGUUAUACCUUUUCUAUACUUGAGACAUUUCUUAUUGUCUGUGUCCCAAAUCUAAUCAAAUCAAAUUUUAUUUGUCACAUACACGUGUUUAGCAGAUGUUA